AUGACACGCUAUCUACAUACUGAUCGCUUCCCGCAGGACUUCGAGUACUGGACAUCUGCUGCACGGCUUGGAGAAGGGACAUACGGCAGCUGUGUGGCUACGUACAAUGAACCUGCUUCGAAGGCGAGUUUAAUCGGGCGCGUCAACGUCGGCAUCGUCGACAAGCUCGACGCAAUCCUGGAGAAGCAGAAAUGGCUUCAGGGAGAAGAUGGACCGGGCAUCAAGGACUUCCAUGCUAUGGGCAUCGUACGUAUGGCCGCAGCCACCUCUCGCGCCAACUACGAUGCUACGUUCAGACGCACCACACCAGGACACACUGCUCGAUGGGUAGAGCGCAUGAAUGAGUGGUAUGCGCGCGGAGAGCUUCCAGGCGUAGGCAUGGAAGAAGUGGUAGCGCGCGACGCACGAUGA